CCCAUGGUCUAAAUACAGUAAUCAUGCAUGCACCGCCCUCCCUCGCGGUGAGCGAUCGUCAGAUUUCUUAUCUGAAGGCAACCUGUGACCUGUGAUGGUCCACUAUCAGUGAUCUAUAAAGGCAGAGACCAUUUUUAUCGGAACAGAGCAGUCUGACCCGACAGACCGGAUAAACUGCACUAUUACAGAAGCGUCACUCCGGAAACAUGAAGGUCCUAAACAAAGACGAGCUGCAGAUCGCUGAAGGAGUUCUGCUGAAACACCUCCCCAAGAGUUUAAAGGUUUACGGUUUCCUUCAUGGGAUCAACAGAGGCAAACCAACCACACUGGACGUAAUCGUUGAUACGUGGCCCGAUUUUAAGGUCAUUAUUUGCCGACCUGACCCCAAUAACAAGCGCGCCCUGGAGUUCAUGAAAAAGGUGACAUACUUCAGCACCAAUGAACAGAUUUUAAGAAGAAUGCUGAAAGAUGAGAAUGCAAUCGACUGGAGCACUUAUUUUCUUAUUGCGGGAGCUGACAUUUCCCACGCCCCCCUGCUCAAAGAGGUGUCCUCUGACAGAGAUGUCAACAACCAAUACUAUACUCUGGUGCAUCUUCUGUAUUUACAAGACAUCAACCGUCUGCUCACACCAGCAACUGAGAGUGAGGUAAAAUCAAGGAUUUCAUCUCUUAACCUUUCCCACGUCGACUUGGUGAAUAACAACUGGAAGUUUGGAGGGAACGCACAGGGAUACAGGAACAUUACAAACCUCAUCAGUAACUUCCCAUCAUGCUGCAUCACUGACGGCCAGGGUCAGCCGGUGUCCUGGAUUCUGGUGUACGAUUACUUUGCUAUGGGCUUAUUGUACACUCUGCCAGAGCACAGAGGAAAAGGCUACGCUAAAGUCCUGAUCAGCACCAUGGCCAAGAACUACGCUGAGGGCUACCCAGUGUACUGCUUUAUAGAAGAGAACAACGAAGUCUCCUAUAAGCUCUAAAAGCUGGGAUUCACUGAGGACCCCUCAUACAGGGCAAUGUGGAUGGAGUUCAACUUUUGAUUUUGCAACCCUUGUGAUAAAACGUAUACCUGCCAUAGUGAUAAAUAAAUCUGGAAUGUAAUAAUGAUAGUGAAGGAGGCAUUAACUGAUGCAAAAUUAAACACUAAUAAUGUCACCUUUUUCAUAGUAGGCGCAGAUAAGAUAGCCAGUAAUUUAAUUAAAUAUU